AUGGGGACCGAGACCCAUCCCGCCGACAGCGAGGCCAUCAACGCUCGUGCAGAAGGCGUGGGCCAUGAUGAGGACGCCAAUGGCCGUCCGCAUGCCGCUGGCGAUGCCUCGCAACCCGGCCGUGCGGCAUCCAGCCAGCAGCCCUCGGCGCAACAGAACUUUGAAUUUGUCCUGGUGACCGAUGAAGGGUCCCGACGCCAGGUCCGCCGUCAUGCUAUGCGCCAGUACAUGCGUCAGCGACGUCUGGAGGGAAUCGCGCGGCUAGGUUCGUCCCGCGUGUCUAUCUCCGGAUGGGCCGCGCGGGAACCGGUUGAUGCUUCGCUGGAUUCUCCAGGAUUAAAAGUAAAAGCCGAGGAGGCAGAUGAUGGGCACGAAGAAGAGAGAAUCAACACCAAGGGACGCACUCGCGGAAAUGCUCUAGACACAAGACGACGCAACCACACAGUGUCUGGCCAUCAGGAAGAUGUACUUUCGAAUAAACCGUCUGCCUCGGAUCAUCUGCCGUCCCCAGGGCCUGGCGGAAAGCGUGAUCCAUUUGACAGCUAUCCCAUAUCGAUCAGUCAACAGGACCACAAGCUGAUCAACCAUUAUGUCGUGAUCUAUCCUUCCAUGAUGUACAAAUUGUCGGGGCCAAAUCAAAAGAACCCGAUCAUGGAAAUCUUUCGGCAAUUUGCCCUCCAGGACAGGCUCCCGUUCCAGGCAAUGCUGGCCAUUGCCUCCAAGCAUCUGGCCAGCGUGGAGGGCCGGUCGGAGUCGGUGCAAAGCCUGGCGCAUAAAAUACAAUCGCUACAGUUGAUCAGCAAGCAGAUCCGAGAUACUGCUGACGGUCCGCAUGAUGGGACCAUCUAUGCCGUAGCGACGAUGGCUGUCAUCGAGAAAUGGUCCAAAGACGCCUCCAUUGAACGGAUGCACUUCAAAGGUCUUGCCUUGAUGAUUAGAAAACGAGGGGGCAUGCGGGGGCUGAGGGCCAGUAGCCCAUUUCUGGAACAAGUUCUAUACUGGGUUGACUUCAGCUGUGCUCCCAAGGCAAUUGUGGAUGCCAGUCUCCCGUGGACCGGAGACGUUCCCGACUCACUCCCUGGAAAGCUGCAAUUUCUGUCGCCAGACUUGCAGUUGGACGUACCCACGUCGGAUGGUGAAGGUGUUGGCGAUAUCUUGCGCGCCUGCGAAGACUUUCUGGCUUUCUUUCGCUGCCUCCAUGAAUCGGAACAGGCGAUCCUCAAAGCCCCGUUUCGCGCACCGACGGAGGAGGCGCCUCGUCGAGCGAAUCUGUUUCACCCUUCUUCUCGGCUGUAUUCUAUUCUGACGACGCUUCCGGACUACGAUCAUGGCAUUCGCGAUGUUCGCUUCAUUGACGAGUACACGUGUCUGGCGUGUCUGUUCUACCUCAAUGUAGCGCUUUGUGAAUGCUAUCUGCACGGCCAGAACUUUGACGAGUACAUGGCAUGGCUGGAUUCGGAAGUCAAACAGCUAAAUCCGACGUCUAAUCCUAGCAUCUCGGCCCUCAUGUGGCUGUUCCUGGAGAACGGCGGCUAUCCUCGGGGGGAGUGCAGUGACGAGGGGGAGAGGAGCUGGUUCGUGUCGCGGAUGCUGCGAGUGGCCAAGCGACUGGAGUGGAACCGGCAGGGGACCUUGUGGGAUGGUUUGCGGGCGAUCCUCAUCCGGUUCAUCGCGACGCAGCAGGAGUGUGGACUGGGGUCGGAGAAUCUUGGCAAAGCGGAGGUGUUUGCUCGGCAGCGGAGGCUCAACCAGCGGGACGACUUCCUCUGGGACGAGGAUGAGAUGCGGCGGGAGAUUCUGGGCGAUCUCUACCGGGGAGCGCCAGUUUACAGGAUGUCUCAACCGCCGAUUCCGUAG